UUUUCGUUUCUGUCCCUGAUUCAACAUGUUUGUCCUUUUCGGCUGGCCGUACCGGAUACCGGAAGUCUCUGUAAACAUCUCCUGCGGCCGUCUGUGGUGAAUGGAACAAUCAAAACAGCGUUUUUAAGCGAUGUUUUGCCCAUGUUUACGGAAAAAUAUCUUGUUUGAUUCUUACCCAGCGGCUUCUGUGUACUUUAUUACCCGUUUAUGCAAGUGAAUACCAGCUUGUCUUCCUUUCGAAGUUUAAAUUUGUGAGAUAACGUGGAUCGCUUCCUUGACGAAAGAACAGCCCAAUAUCAGAUGCUGUCAAAACCUUUACUGACAAAACAAGGAGACAUAAUUAUUAAAUAACUUGUAUCUAUUACAAUGGCGAACGAGCGUCUUCGUGCUUUAGAGGAUGUGGAAAAAGAGAUUGCGAUCAUCCUUCACUGUGCAGGUACAAUUGUUAUGGAGUUGUCCAAGGACAAGCAUAAUGCCAGUCUCAUCGACCGCCAACUCUCUCAAUUCAUUGCAUCAGUAAACAGAGUGGAGAACGAAUUGAGUUCCCAAAUUCGCUACCUCACACAGGUCGCCACCGGUCAACCGCACGAGGGUUCGACUUACUCUGCCAGAAAAGACUGCCAAAUGGCGCUCAACAGAGCAGAGUACACACGCAUGAAGUUGGGGGAACUGGCCCGCACGUGUGAGAUUAUGCUGGACCCGCAGACCUGAGCUGUUCUUUCGAUCAUCGUUUUAUGUGCUUUUGGUUGUUUUGUGAUUUUUUUAGACGAAAUAAAUAGAUCAAAAUCG